CAAACGAACUAAGCACCUGCAAAAACCUAGCCUUUUUCAUCACAAUCAAACAACAAAAUCCAAAAUCAAUCAAUUUUUCAUCACAAUCAAACAACAAAAUCCAAAAUCAAUCAAUUUUUCAUCACAAUCAAACAACAAAAUCCAAAAUCAAAAACAGAAAUUCUUUUUUAAAAAUUUUUUGCACCUGGGUUCGCAAGGAACCCAAGCGUGGAACCCAGGCGCGAACCCAGCACGCUUGGGUUCCUUGCGAACCCAGCACGCUUGGGUUCCUUGCAAACCCAGGCGCUAGAUAUGGGACGAGGUACUCGAGGUGAAUCAUCGUCUAAAGAAGCCAGUAAUACACUGGAUAAAGCACAAAAGCAACUUCGAUGUCUUAUUCAUGGGCCUCGUAAGGCUACUCCCACACAGCAACAGAUGCCCAGUUCGAGUCAGCCUCCCUCACAACAGCAAUUGCCUACUUUUGAGCCAGCCUCCUUCAUGGCAACACCUCCAUUGCCUGAUCAGGAGCUUGGUGAUGAGGCACCAAUGGAGGAGGAUGCGGAGGAGCUAGUUGAAGAGCGUAACUUAGAAGUUGAGCUUGUUGCUGAGUAUGAUCAACUUGAUCCUGAGUUGGAUGCUGCACUUGAGGAGGAGCUAUCUCAUGCUAUCCAAAAGACGGGACGUGGCAUGGAUAAGGGAGACAAAGCACCAGCGAAUCCAAGUCAGAGAAAAUUGCUCAAAAUAAAUCAACGUGGGUCAUUUAGCAAUGAGAGAUUUGGCAGGCAGCAACAGUUAUAUGGAAGUUUUUAUAUGAUGAACCUGUGCUUUUCUGGACUAAUUGGCUAGAGGAAAAGAAGAGGCUUGCAUGGGAGAUGUUCCAGGUUUGCUUAAGGAUUUUGUGCAAACCGACCCACUCGUUCGCUCAGUGGCAAGAUUGUCUGCGACCGGAUCCCAGCCAUUACUUCCAUCUAUAAGAUAGGAAUAAAAUGGGUUUUGCUUUGCUUAAGGAUGUUCUUCCAGUUUUGUUUCUCACUUUGUUUCCUUUCUACUUGUACUUUUCAUUUUCCGUUUCUUUUAUCUGUCUUCUUGUUCUUUCAUUUUCUUUCUUUCUUUCUUUCCAGUUUUGUUUAAAUUUUUGAAGUAAUUUCAUGGCUAAAUAAUUAAAUGGUUACUUUCUU